GCAGAAAGUCGUAGGUUCGACCCCUACCUGGCGCGUUAUUAAAUUAACUUUUUUUUAUCCCUCUCGCAUUUCACUUGCACUUUCUUUUCAUGAUUCUUGCUAUACUCAUUUUCAAGAUUCAUUGCCCUUUGUGUGAUCAACCUACCAUCCAUGUUCGAUCAUGUACCUAUGCUCUAGUAUCAUAAUCUCCAUUCUAUAUAAAUCCCCAUAAAAAGCAUGUCCUUUCAUACCAUAUAGCAAGUGGUAUCUUACACAUUCCCAAGAAAAUGUCCAUAGUUGCAGAAGCACCAGGUUACAUCCAAGUUUUUUCUAAUGGUUCAGUUAAACGAUUCGAGCCUGAAAUAGCCACUGCAUCAGUUGAACCUUGCAAUGGCUACAAGUCUAAGGAUGUUGUCAUUGACCCCUUGAAACCAAUAUUUGGUAGAAUGUACCUUCCUGAUGUUCCUGAAUCAGGAGUUCACCAGCAGUUUCCUGUUUUAGUCUACUUCCAUGGUGGUGGGUUUUGCAUUGGCUCGACUACAUGGCUCGGUUACCAUAUUUUUCUUGGAGAUUUAAGUGUUGCUUCCAAAUCUAUCAUCCUUUCAGUAGACUAUCGUCUUGCACCCGAAAAUAAGCUUCCUAUAGCUUAUGAAGAUUGUUAUUCUGCACUGGGAUGGCUGAUCAAGAACUUAGAAAAUGAACCAUGGCUGAAAAGGGCUGAUCUUUCUCGGGUUUUUCUUUCUGGAGACAGUGCCGGAGGCAACAUAGUUCAUCAGGUUGCUAUUAGCGCGAUGACAAGUGAAGGUUUUCGUGGUAGACUAAAGGGAUUGCUGCCAAUUCAUCCGUAUUUCGGGAGUGAAAAAAGGACUGAAUUAGAGAUGGCUAAUGGAUCAGCAGGGGACGUGGAGAUGAACGACAUGUUUUGGAGACUGAGCUUGCCUCAAGGAACAAAUCGUGAUUAUUUUGGAUGUAAUUUUGAAAAUGCUGAACUAUCUGUGGAUGAAUGGUCUCAGUUUCCAGCAGUGAUUGUUUUUGUGGCUGGCUUGGACUUCUUGAAAGAAAGGGGAGUAACGUACGCUGAAUUCUUGAAGGAGAGAGGUGUGAAAAGAGUUGAGCUGGUUGAAGCUGAGGGACAGGUUCACGUUUAUCAUGUGUUUCAUCCUGAAUCAGAGACUACUCGUUUGCUUCAGAAGCAAAUGAGUGAUUUCAUACAUAGUUUUUAGAAUUUCAUUUGGUUUUAAUAGUCAGUUGAUGAAAAAUGGAUUUAGGAAACAAGGGCAAUUCUUUACUUUUCUGACAGAAGAAUUUUAUGUAGAGGGUGAGAAAAGAUGGAAACAUUAUAGACUGGCUAUAGGCCACAAUAAAUUGUCUACCUAAAGCUAUUUUUCUUCUAAUACCUUUCACAUGUUCUACUUUUUA